AUGGUCUCCAGAACGUAUCGGGGCAAGUCUGCGGAGGCCAUUCAGAGGAAGACGGUGAAACAUGUCCUCUUGAGCCUCACGGCAGAAGAAGUCCGCCGAUAUGGGCACCUCAUCGACCGUCCAUUGGCGGAAGUCGAAGAUAUACUCUCGCAGGACCCGCGUCUGACUCGUACGUCUCAGGGCGGUCGCCAUCAACGGACAUGGCACCCGCCAGAGAGUCAACGAUUCCAGUCCACGAGAGGCUCUUCUAGAUACAGACCCCCUCGACCUGCGCCAAGGCAACAGUACAAAUCAGUUGAUACGGGGUCUGGAUGCUCGUUAGUCAAUCCAAGACGAUUUCCGCCGAAGACGUUCCAGCCAUACCUGGUGGCGUCAUCAAUUAAUGUUAAGGCGGCGAACGGUACUAUUAUGCGUAGUAAGGGCUGUGUUGAUAUCGCACUCACUAUUACCGGCAGUGUCUACCAGCAUACCUUAUACCUCUGCCAGGAUAUGCCAUACGAC